AUGAAGCUCUCUCAAACAUACAGCGUCAUUGGUUUGGCGUCCCUUUCCUGGGCCUGCCUUUUACCUGAGGAAAGAGGAUUGCCUGCCCGAAGAAAUGUGAACCCACGGGCGAACACUGGGCUUGGGGUGGGGACAGGCGAUCGAUUUAAUGGUGGUGCCAAAUUUCCUCGAGGUGUUGGCACUCAAGCCGCGGGCACAGAUUUGGGCUUGAUUCUCAACGUCCAGGAAAUCCAGAGCGGCAUCCUUGGCCUUGCUCAGGAGUACGACAUUGAUACUUUCACGACCCCUUAUACCACGUACGAGAAGAGGAGCAUCUACGGUGGUAAAGCCGGGGGACAAGGAAACAGUAGCGAUGCAAUCAACGUCUACAUCAAUGCCGGUAUUCACGCAAGAGAGCGCGGUGGCCCCGACAACCUGCUUUAUUUCAUCUCCGACCUCCUCUACGCCAACAAGAACAAAUUGGGCCUUACCUAUGGUAGCAAGAAGUACACCGCCCAGGAUGUCACGAAGGCGCUGGCUACUGGCAUCGUUUUCGUACCCCUGAGUAAUCCCGAUGGUGUCGCCUACGAUCAAUCAAGUAACAGCUGCUGGCGCAAGAACCGAAACCCGGCAUCUGCCACCUCAGGGCAGCCCGCAACGAUUGGGGUCGAUUUGAACAGGAAUUUUGAUUUCCUCUGGGACUUCCCAAACAAGUUCGCCUCUAGCGUCGCAUCGGGCACAGCCUCUCAGAGCCCAAGGGCUGAGGAUUACCACGGUAAAAGUGCGUUCUCAGAACCCGAGACGAAGAGCAUCAAGUGGAUUCUGGAUUCGCACAAGAACGUUGGCUGGUUCCUUGACCUCCAUUCUAACGCUGGAGUUGUCCUUUACAGUUGGGGAAGCGAUGACAACCAAUCUAAGACUCCGGGAAUGAGCUUCUUGAACUCGACAUAUGACAAGGUCCGAGGUGUCUCGCCAGACCGCAGUGGAUUCGUCUACUCCGAGUACACACCUGCGGACGACUGGUCUAUCAACCUCAAGACUGCGACUAGCAUUCAGACGGCAAUGAGUGCAGCAGCUGGGCGCAGCUACGGAGUUGAGCAAGCUUCCGAACUGUAUCCGACUUCUGGAGCAAGCGACGAUUACUCUUACUCGAGACAUUUCGCAGAUUCGAGCCUUGGGCUGGUUCACGCCUUUACGGUUGAGUUCGGCUUUGCAAAUAAUCAAGCCUCGUGUUCGUUCUACCCAACUGCGCAGACAUACCGCCAGAACUUGCAGGAGACAGGUGCUGGAUUUAUGGAGCUGCUUCUGGCUGCAGCACAAAAUAUCUAG